GCCGAGAAGUGGUCCAUCGGCAAGCACACGCAGCUCAGCCCCACGGAUGCCUUUGGCACCAUUGAGUUCCAAGGUGGCGGCCACUCCAACAAAGCCAUGUAUGUACGUGUGUCGUUUGAUACGAAACCUGACCUCCUCCUACACCUGAUGACCAAGGAAUGGCAACUGGAGCUCCCCAAGCUUCUUAUCUCGGUCCACGGGGGCCUGCAGAACUUCGAGCUACAGCCGAAACUAAAGCAAGUCUUUGGGAAAGGGCUCAUCAAAGCUGCCAUGACAACGGGAGCGUGGAUAUUCACCGGAGGCGUGAACACAGGUGUUAUCCGUCACGUUGGAGACGCCUUGAAGGACCAUGCAUCUAAGUCAAGAGGGAAGAUCUGCACCAUAGGUCUCGCACCCUGGGGAAUUGUGGAAAACCAAGAGGACCUGAUUGGAAGAGAUGUUGUGCGGCCCUAUCAGACCAUGUCCAAUCCCAUGAGUAAGCUCACUGUUCUCAACAGCAUGCAUUCUCACUUCAUCCUGGCGGACAACGGGACCACUGGCAAGUACGGGGCGGAGGUGAAGCUGCGGAGACAACUGGAAAAGCACAUUUCACUUCAGAAGAUCAACACGAGAUGCCUGCCGUUUUUCUCUCUUGAUUCCCGCUUGUUUUAUUCAUUUUGGGGUAGUUGCCAUUUAGACCCAAUUGGAAUUGGUCAAGGCGUCCCAGUGGUGGCACUCAUCGUGGAAGGAGGACCCAACGUGAUUUCGAUUGUUCUGGAAUACCUUCGAGACACUCCUCCGGUGCCCGUCGUCGUCUGUGAUGGGAGCGGACGGGCAUCCGACAUCCUGGCAUUUGGGCAUAAAUAUUCAGAAGAAGGCGGGUAG